AUGAACAGAGUCAAAGUUUGGCAGGCCUGGGUGUGUUUUGUGUCACUGUGGCUUUGCUGGGGUUCUCACGCUGUUCCACUGGACUGCAAAGAUGAGACUGGAUCACUCACCCGCUGUACUUCCAUCUCUCAAGAGAAACUUUUAGAUCGUGUCAUCCAACAUGCAGAACUCAUCUAUAGCAUCUCUGAAGAGACCUGUACUCUUUUUGAGGAUAUGUUUGUCCCCAACUCUCUGCGUGCUUUGAGAAAUCAGGGAGGAAACAUAUGCCACAGCAAGCCCUUCCCGAUACCAGGCUCUAAGAGUGAGAUUCAGCAGAUAUCGGAUAAGUGGCUCCUUCACUCUGUUCUGAUACUGGUGCAGUCCUGGAUUGAACCGCUGGUCUAUCUGCAAACUACUCUUGAUCGUUAUGACGAUGCCCCUGAUGCGCUCCUAAACAAGACCAAGUGGUUGUAUGAUAAACUGCUCAGCCUUGAGCAGGGAGUGGUGGUGCUCAUCCGCAAGAUGCUGGAUGAAGGGGUAAUGACAUCCUCCAACAUACAUGAGCAGGCCUUGAACCCAUAUGAUGGACAGACCCCAGAGGUGCUGGAGUCUGUUCUUAGGGACUACAACCUACUUACUUGCUUCAAAAAGGAUGCCCACAAAAUAGAGACCUUCCUAAAGCUCCUCAAAUGCCGUCAGAGCGACAAGCUCAGUUGUCUUUUCCACUAAACAGUAACCCAGCAAUUUAAAAAUAGCUUCAUUUAGGAUUAGAAUAUCAAUUCCAUAUACCUGUAUAAAUCUAAAGAGCAUCUAUAAUUAAUGUGGCUUUUUUAAUUCUUAAUGUUAACUCCUUUAGAUGUUUGACCCUGGUGUAAAAACAUUAAAUAAGACCCUGAGUGGGAUGUGCAGUCAA